AUGGGUCUUGUAUCUGCUUUGAUGCUGGCUGCGUCUCUGGUGUUCCAGAUUGCGGCAGUCGAAGGAUCGAGCAUCGCAAGGAGUGUUGAUGUCCCGGCCGCGGCCGGAGAGACAGAUUUGGCUGCAAUCGUUUCAGACCCAACAGACUUACUGCCUGAUGGCAAGACAUGCUGUCCAUCUGGUUUAGAGCCGGCAGUAUACGCUGCCAAGAAUCACCGAUGCGAAUAUGGCUCUCGCGUGUCCGCAUACGUCGCCGUGUCCGACGACAAGGUGCAAGCAUGUUGCUUUGACGUCAAGGCUCCGAAAUUCUACGUCCACUAUUUGGAUCUUGAAAAGGGACUCAGAGUCCCCGUCGAGAUCCGCGGCUCUUCUCCGCUGACAAAGGGGGAUUUCUGCAGUCUUCAGCUGUAUUAUGGCAUUGAGCAGGCCAAUGUGGCAAACAAUUGGUUCAGUGUCCGCAUGAGCCUCGGCUUUGACUGUGCGAAUUAUUACAAAUCAAGCAAGGAAUGGAUCACAAUAUUCUUCAACAGGAAUUAUCUUCAUGCUGGAAGGUUUACCUACGACAUCCCCCCCUUUGGGACCAUCAUCUACGCUGAUGUUGCUGCAAAAAUCAUUAGCGCCGGCACCGUUGGUUUAAAAUUUCAUUUACAAGGAAGUGGGAUUGUUAGUGGACUCAAUCAGACAGUGGAGGUCCAAAUCGAGAAUGACACCUUGAAGGGGUUUCUGAAGGACAAGGAAAUUUGCGCAUAA